AUGAAGAGCCUUGGUCUCUAUACACUUCUACUCGGGCUCGCGAAAGCGGAGCUCAGGCUCGAUGGCCUCAGUGCCGCCCCGAAUCUCGACAGCAUCGAAGUAGAGGACCUCAGUUCGGAUCGCCUCUCCCUUCGUGGUGGCACCCGGAUCACUCUCAGCGGUUCCGGUUUUCUCCCAGCCAACUACGAUAAAGACAACUCCGACUCUGAGACCAAGGCUUACAUCACAUAUACCGGCGAUAAAUCCGGCUGUCCAGAUGUUCCCUGCCGCGUGAUCAUGCACUACACAAGUGAUACCAGCGCUGUUUGCGUCCUGGAUGAAGUCAACCUUCCCGGCUACUGCGCUGAUGGCGAUCUUUACAGGAUGCGAGUGUCUGUCGAGGGCGAGAUCUCCAACAAGCGAGCGGUCGCUCUUCGCCACACCCCAACUAUCAGGAAUCUCUACUCGAAUGGUCUCAUUCUUCCUGGGGCUCCAACGACGUUCUGGAGUACCUGGAUUGAUGGCGAGACUGUGAACAAUCCUCGAGGAAAUGAAGACAUGCGAGUUAACAAAAUCCGUGAUGAUUUAACCUCUCAAAACUGUGUUCCUUUGACGGUUCAAGUCCGAAAUACUGUAACUGGUCAAGUUUGGGAUCAAGAUGAUCUUAUCAACGGCUUCGUCACUGGUCCAAAGGAUUGUGUCUGCAAGGGUAACGCUAUUUACGGUGUUCUCUGUCAAUCUGCAGGGGAUAAUGCUGAAGGAUGCGUGGAUAAUAACGAAGUUCGAUUCCUCUGCGGAUCGAAUGUUCUUCAAUUCAGAAUCGACGAUUAUGACUUUGCAUUCUCUCGCUAUCCCAACUCAAUUUCUGAAAGAGAUGUCGAUCCAAACGAAGAAUUCGUCCUUCAACCAGGUCUUUACGAUCAGUACGGCUUCAGAAUGGCCGAAUGCAAGACAUACUGGGACGACGGCGGAUCAAAUCGAGCUAUUGUCGGGCAUCAAGUCUGGAGCAAUACUUAUGUGCGCUGCCAAUUAGAGUGGUCGGGUGCACCGCGAAUCGGAAACUACAACUUGCGAUACACCAGCAAGCGUGGUUUCUCGUACACACGAGAUUACUUCAUGUGCGAAAACGGCAAUGCCUUCAAUUUGCAAGUUCGACCUGUCAUCUCAUCCGUAUCUCCUUCCGUCGGAGGAAGUCUUGGAGGAACCAAAAUCACCGUCACUGGUCAGAAUCUCGAAGGAGACGUUGAGAUUCGAGUUGGUGGUGUUGUUUGCAACAAUGUCCAGGUCAAUGCUGAUGGAACCGAGGCCACUUGCGAAACUGCUCCGUCUCUUGGCCAAUGCGCUGCUGGUGCUCCAGUAGAUACUGUCAACUGUGUAACUCUCGUUAAUGCCGCGAAGCCUUGGGAGAUUUUGAAUAAUUUCGUUGGAGACGGAACCCCUCGAUUCACAGGAAGUGGUCGAGAAUGUCAAAGCGAUUGCGUGUCUCCAUGGAAUGGACGAAAUGCCAUGUGCGACGGACCAACUGGCGUGACUGAGGAAUGCUUUGUUCCUUCAUGUGAAGACAUGGCUCAAAAGUACCCUGGUUCAACUGGAUUCGAAGUCAACUACUAUCAAGAAGCCGGGAAUCAAGGAUCCAAUUGGAUUUCCUUUUUGACUUCUCCUGUUCAAGGAGACAGUUCUCAUCUUACUCUGCGAAGAAGUGAAGAGUCUGAAACAUCGAACUUCCACAUGUCAGCUUAUACCGCGGUUCAUAACAAUGGAGAAGACAAUUACGUCGGCGUCUCCGAAGGUUUCUUCCGACCAUAUCAGACUGGCUACUACUCAUUCAUCUCAACGGAAGCUGAUGAUACUUUGACUGCUAAGGUUUCUCUUAUUGAACAAAACAUCGGAUGCGCAAGUGAUCUACGAACAGUCGUCACCCGAAAAUGGCACGAUAAUGAUGAAUGGAAGCGAUGGGGUACCCCUGGGCAGAAAUUCCUUCUCGAUGCUGAUACACAGUAUUUUGUCAAAAUUUCCUUCAAUGACUGGGGAGGAGGAGACAAUUUCAAGUUCGGAUAUGUUUUCCACGGACCGGACGCUGACAAAAACCUUGUUCACGGAAACACCGGUCGAAAUGCGGACACCGAAAAGCAUCUUGGCGAUUAUUAUGCCAAAGAAGUUCAGAGCGUUUUCGUAAAAUUUACUGAAGCUCAGCGAGAAGUACAAGAGUACGAUUUCCUUGAUGCUAACAGCACUGUCGAUACAAACGCUCCCAUCUUUGUCUACUCCUGUAAUAACCAAGGCUGUACCGCUUCUGAUGAACUCGUCUAUGGCGACAAUGAUGCAUCUGCUGCUGCAGUCGAGGCGAUCCGCGAGGCUAUUUGCUCUGUUGACGGGUUCGCUGAUAUCGAGGACGGAUCAUACAGCUCUGGAGAUGAGGCUCUUGAUGGAUUUACUCUUGUUGAGGACGUCGAGCCCUACUGUGGUGUCAAGACAAACAAACUCUCGUCUGGAAAGGGAACUCUCUUUGAAGGCUCUGUCAAAUCAAAGAAAAAUCCUGAAGUUUGCUUCGCCUCCAAGGGUUACGCGGAUACCAUCACUGUCAAGUUCGAUAUCAAUGGCAAAACUGGAUCAGAAUCGAUCUCAUGGCUCGAGACCUCUCCAAACGCAUGGUCUUUUGCGUGCGUGAAGACAGAUUCUUUGGCUGAUGAUUUCCUUGCCAACAAUGCCAAUGCUCAAGCUGAGUUUGACGCUGGAGAGAAAGUGUUCAUCACAAAGAUCAUCAUCGAAGACACACAGUCACGAGGAGAUCUUUUCAUCGAUGAAGUCUACGUCGCUGACGCUACUGCUGGAUUUGCAGUCGUUCAAUCUCAACGAGCUGCUAUUCCGGGAACGAUUCUUGUUUCCGUCGGCGCCAACUGGAACAACGACGUCCUUCAGCUGACUCUCAGUGGCGCUGCUGAUGCUUGUGGCGAAUCCUUCAACACUUUGAAGAUUGGUAACUCUGCUGAAACUGCGGUUGACUUAACAAUUGUUUCAAAAAUGGGAAGCGGCCUUGGAGGCGAUUUUGAUCUCUCCUACGAAGGAAUGACUGCUAACAUCCAAGCUUCCUGGCUCGUAGAAGGCAACACAGCAAACAUCGAAAAUCAAAUUCAGCAACAAUUCGGCUCAGACUUCGUUGGAUCCACCGUCAGUCUUGAGGGUGAAUGCCUUGAGGGAUACGAAAUGACAAUCAGUUUUGCAAAUUCUGGUGACUAUUCAGACAUCUCCAUCAACGGCGCUAAUGUCAAUUCCGACAUUGCCUUUGCUGAAACUUCCCAGCAUGGUGGUCCAGUUUACACUAUCAUCAACGCUGCGAACUGGGCUCGAGCUUCUUCUACCCCACAGGUUCAGCUUUGGGCCUCAAAGAUCCAAGCUGCUUGCACUGGAGACUGCCAGUUCACCUUUGACGACUCUUCCCUUCCAGUUGUUACGGCUCCAGCAUCAUCCGUCAUUGUUGGCUCCUCAGUCGCUCUUGCUGGUUCUAACUUUGUCAGUGCUGAUGUUGUUACAGUAGAUGGAGUUUCUGUCGCGACAACUUUCGAUAGUGCUUUUCAAGUUACUUUCACUGCUCCUGCUGCCGCUGGUACCUACAGUAUCGCUGUUCUUGGAGCUUCUGGCUCUUCUAACACAGUCACUCUUACUGUUACCGGACAGAUUACAUCUGUUUCGCCCUCUUUAGCCUCAUCCGGCGCUCAAGUCGUCAUCAACGGUGUUGGUCUCGCUGAACCCGUCGUUAUCGGCGGUGUCGAUGCUUCAUGUUCCUCAGUAACUGAUACUCAGGCUACUUGUACUGUUACCAGCGUUGCUGUUGGAUCUACCACUGUCGAUGUUUCUGGAGCUUCUGCCGCAUUCGAGAUCGCUGCUCGACCAGCUGCUUCUUGCUCUUUCUCAAGCUCUGCUUCACCCGCUGGAACUGAAUCUGUUGACUUGACCUGCGACGGUGACAUUUUUGUGCUCGUUGUUGAUGGAGUCAACAUUGCCAUUACCCCAGCGUCUACAGUUACUUUCACACCAGCUGCCAAUUAUAUCGGUAGCGUUUCUGCUUCAGCUAUCUGUACAACCGGAAACUGGGAAGGAAGUCUUGUCUACGACGCUUCUGUUUCUCAAGUAGUCAAUCCUGCUGGCUCGCCAUUUGGUGGAAACACUGUUGUCUUCCAGGGAUCCGGUUUUGGUUCCGAUGCCUCCGCUGUUUCAGUCAGUCUUGGACCAAAUGCCUGUGAUGUUACUUCGAUUUCAAACACGGAAAUCACCUGUCGAGCCGCUGCAUCUGCUGCCGUUUCUUUCCACGCUUCGGGUUCAAGCACUCGAACUGGUGGAUUCGAGCCAGCGUCAGCUUCUGUUUCUGCCGGCACAAAGGUCGUCAUCAGCUGGAAUAUCAUUCUUCCCGCCGAAAAUGGCGCCGCUAUCAUUCCAACAAUGCAGUUUUCUGCCGUCAGUGAUUCUGUCAGUCUUUCUCUCAAUGCCAUUGAAGCUAACCAAGGCGAAGUUUUCUUUGUUCUCACAGAACCUGGUACAUACACAAUUUCAAGCGGUCCUUACGAUGGUUUGAACACAAUUGUCGGAACAGUUGUUGUCACCGACGACUCUGGCGAAGUUGACAUUGCUGUUACAGUUGGUGAUGCAUCUCUUGAUCUUACAGCUGCUGUUGCUUCUUUCGAUUGCGGAAGCGAAACUGUUAAUAAUGGAAAAUAUCUUCUCAGCUCUCCUCUUGGAAGCUUCUUUACGGACGUUUCCGUUUUCGGUAAUGUUGUUACUGUUUCACCAGCUCCAACAUGCGGAGAUAUCGUCGUUGAUGGCGCUUCUUGCAAUCCUACUGCCGGAAGCUGCCCAGUCAACGUCAAGGCCGGUGAAUACGUCAUUACCGCUUCGAAUCUUGCUGCUCAGACAAGUGAUGAUGUCGUUACAUCUUCAUUUGCCGCUACUGUCACUGGUGUUACUCCUGCUUCUGGUUCAAAGUUCGGUGGCACUCGAGUAACCAUCGUUGGUUUCAACUUGCUCUCUGACGUCACUACUCUUGGAUUACCAACUGUCAGCCUUCGAGAAGCAUCUAGCUGCGUUGACAAUAUCGAAAGCAAUACUGGAACUGAGCUCAUCUUUACAACAUGUGAAACCAAAGCUGACACUACUGAUAUCACAUUCUCUCUUGAUGGAUCUGACAUUGCCACGACUUUCGAUACGACAACUGCUGAUGCACCAACUUUUACUGUCCUCUCUGCUUCUGCUGACGGAACUGUAACUGGUACACUUUCUGGUCUUUCACUCGCUCCUGGUACUUAUUCUGGCAUUGGUUCGAUCGGAGGAGAAGAAGGAGUUUGUGCCGAUGUCACAGUUGUCUCAGGUUCUGGUUCCGUUUCAUGCACCUUUGGCGCUCUCAGCGGUGAUGUCGACGGUUCAUUUGGUGUUUCCGACACUGGUUUCUCCGAUUCCAUUACAUUUGGCGUUUCUCCAAUUCUUUCAAGUGUCACCCCUAAUCAGGGUGGUCUUUACGGAGGUGUUGCAGUGACGAUUUCUGGUGAUGGCUUCGAUGCAGGAUCCGUCGUCAGCUUUGUCAGUGGCGGUGUCGAUCUUUGCGCUGGUGGAUGCGCUGUUUCUUUCGAUGACAACGGAGAUAUCAUCUUUACUUCUCCUGACUCUGGUGAAGACGUCGGUCCUAUCACUGCUGAUAUCACUGUUGCCAACUCUGGUGCCGCUAGCAGCGGAAUGACAUUCAGCUAUCUCGGUGCCCUUACACCUAAGCUGGCUGCUUCUCCUUUUGAACCAGCUGCAACUACUUUGACUAUUGAUAUGGAGAAGGGAGUCAACGCUGUUUGUGACCGAAACUACGUCACAAUCGGCGGCGUUGAGCUUCCUGUCAUCGGUUGCUCUAGUACAAAAGCAACUGGUCAAUUUGUCACCGUCGACAUGCCUGAUCUUGUUGCUGGUGAUUACAACGUUGUUGUGACUAACAUGGACGGAGGAAACUCUGAUGGAACUCAUACCUACAGCCACGCUCUGACCGUCGCUGGCUUCUCUCCAUCCUCGUCCGGAACUGCUGGUGGUGCUCCACUGACAAUCACUGGAACUGGUUUCGAUCACCAAAACGCUGUUGUCACUAUUUGCGGUAACAGCUGUGCAAUUGGAGAGUCAACAUCAAAUAUGAUCAAGUGCACUAUCCCUGCCUCUUCUGCUGGCUCAUGCACUGUCAUUCUCACUGAUGGUGCAAACACCCAUACUUUCGCCUCCCAAUUCACCUAUGAUGCCACCCUUGUUGCCGCUGUGACAGGAAUCACUGCUUCCAACCCCGAUGGAUCUCCAAAGACCAAGCUCAGAGGUGGUACUGCUGGUGGAACUCCACUUACCAUUGCUGGAUCUGGUUUCAAUGCCGAUAUUGCCACAAACAUCGUAACGAUUAAUGGCGCUGAAUGUGUUGUCACUUCCGCGACUAACUCAGAAAUCAUUUGUGAAACUGGUGCUAGUUCUGGUACCGGCUCAUUCGACGUUUUGGUUGAUGUCCUCGGCGUCGGACAAUACACAAACAGCGAUUUCCAGUUCUACUAUGUCAACGCUUGGUCAAGCCCAGCUACCUGGGGAUGCUCCACUGGUACAUUCGAGGACUGCGAAGGCGCCCCAAAGAAUACUCGUGACCUCGUCGAAAUUCCUUCUGGAGUCGAAAUUCUUCUUGAUACUUCUACCGCCUAUCUCUCAGUUCUCCUCAUUCGAGGGAGCCUAAUUUGGGACACUGAAGUCGACGGAAUUGAACUAAACGCCGAGUACAUCAUUAUCAUUGAUGGUGCCUUCCAGCUCGGAACUGAAGACGAACCUAUGCUCAAAAACGCUAAAAUCACCAUGUACGGUCAUCAGCGAUCAAUCAGACUUCCAAUUUAUGGUGCCAAGUGUUUCGCUGCUCGAUCCGGUACUGUUGACAUUCACGGUGCUCCAGUCAGCCCAACCUGGACUAUGCUCGAUACUUCCGCCAAUGCUGGUGAUACCUCUAUCACAAUUCAGACUCCAUCCGGCCUUGUCGGCUGGAAUGUUGGAAAUCGAAUCGCCAUCGCCCCAACUGGUGACAAAAACAGUAUCAUUGAAUCCGAAGACCAUAUAAUCACCUCUAUCACUGACAAUGGCGACGGAACCACCACUUUGGGUCUUCAAGAUCCACUUGCCUACCUUCACUUGGGUGUCGAGUUCACUACUACUCGACCAGAUGGAACACCUGUUACCCUUCACCAAAGAGCUGAAGUCGGUCUUCUUUCUAGAAAUGUCAAAUUUGAAGGAUCUAAAAACCCAUCUCCAUGGUACGAUGAAAUUCCACAAUGUGAGAACUUUGAUCAGCUCAAUCUUGGUCUCCACGCCGAGCAGAAUUGCUUCGUCGAUCGGUUCGGUGACGAAGAAGGCUCUGAUAAAUUCGGUGCUCAUAUGCUUCUUCACUCUGUUACUCAUGGAAAGAUUGAAUACAUGGAAGUCCAUCACGCCGGACAAGCAUUUGACCUUGGCCGAUACCCAGUUCACUUCCACAAUUCUUACUCUCAGCCAAACUCUUAUUUCCGAGGUCUCGGUAUUUGGCAGACAUUCAAUCGUGCCAUGACCAUGCACGCCGUCAAUGAUGCUACCUUCGAGUACAACGUCGCCUACAAUAACAUGGGCCAUGCUUUCUUCACUGAAGAUGCUGUUGAAACCGGAAACUACAUUCAAUACAAUCUUGCUAUCAAGACCAAACCUUCUUCCUCCCUUCUCUCUGUCGAUCAGACUCCAACCAGUUUCUGGAUCGUCAAUACCAACAACGUCGUUCGAGGAAACCACGCUGCCGGCUCAUCCGCAUUCGGUUUCUGGGUCAAUCCUCCAAAGAGAUCAACCGGUUCCAACGUCAACAACGACUACUGUCCAAGAGAAGUUCCAGUCCUCGAGUUCAAAGAUAACGUCGCUCAUUCUUGCGGUGUUUAUGGAAUGUGGAUCUUUGAAGACUACACUCCACGAAAGAACAAUUGGGCUGCUGAGUGCAAGUCUUCAAAUGGCCCGGCUGGUGCUGAUCACCCAAUGGUUAACUUCCACGCCUGGAAUAACCAUCGAGGAUGCGAAAUGUCCAUGGGAGAUGGUGUGCAUAUGAACGACUUCGUUUCAGCUAACAACUUCAAGGCUGAACUUUCUCUCAAAGAAAACCAUGCAAAUGAUAACUUUGAGACCGAUUCAACUGGUUAUUACAACUCUGUUGUCAUCGGAACCACUAAUGCUCAUCCUUCACUUCCUGGAUGCACUUCUUUCGGUAUGGAAACACCAUGGAAAUUUGGAAGCUUCCAGGUCCACGACAUCAAAUUCGUCAAUUUCAAUGAAGCUUCAAAGGCCAGUGAAAAUUGCUACGGUAUUGACUUCUGCUACAGUUCGUAUCCAUUCGAUUGCGGACGAAUCUCCCUCUGGUCCGGUGUUGAUUGGGAUAAUUCCGACAGAAAGGGUAAAUUUGAGUGGGAAUUCGAAACGGUUCUCUGGGAUUUGGAUGGAACUCUUUCCGGCACAGGAAUUCCCAACUCUAAGGUCACUCCGACAAGUGCCCUUUACGACAACUGUUCUCCAAUUAACGAAGCUGGCUGGAAUCUCGGAUUUGAUGCUUCUGUUUGUACUCCUGAUCAGGACUUCCUCCGAGUAUCUAUCGAAGAUAUUCUUCCUGAAUCUCUGAACUCAAUCACCCUCAAUGUUAACAACAAGAACGAGAACUCGCCUGACGACAUCACUGCUCAGGUUCCAUGGAGAGAAAAGCGAGGACAGAAGGGCCGAGCAUGGAUGUUCCUUGCUCCAUCCGAAGUUGUCAACGAAAUCUGGUGGGAAGGCCAAUACCAAAUGCCGAAUGUAUCCUUCAAUCUCCGAACUCACUACGAUAAGUACGAUGUGAACACCAUUUUGAAGAUGGAUCUCCGAAACCAGCCCGACUACGCUGAUUUCGCGGAUGGUGCUGGAAUCGCUCUUCAGACUGUCCCUGUUCCAGGUGUUGCAAAUCAGACCCAAAACUAUGGCUGGUUUAUUGAUGAUCAGAGUGAUCUCUAUAUCAACUUGGUCCAGCAUGCUGGCGCUGACUAUUCUACAUUCGGCUGGCAUGAAAACCAGCGAUUCGAGAUGUACAAAUGCUACUGGCCAAACUGCGAAGUUCCUAAUUUCGACAACCCAACUCCACCAGCCGAAGUUAAGACUUGUCUCUGGUCGAGCCCAGAUUGUUGGCCUAAGGGGUACGUUCCCGGCCUCGACGCUUCAAAUAAAGAAAACGUCACGAUUGUUCACGAUCGUCAUGUCAUCCUUGAUGUUGCAAAUAUCUACGUCGACGAGCUUUACAUUGAAGGUACUCUCGAAGUCGAUCCAGCUUCUGCCACUGACUUUAACAUUGAAUUCCACAACAUGCUGAUCAACUCCGCUCACGGUGGAAUCAACCCCUUCAGCGUCGAGCAAGAAAUUGCCGUUAUCGAAGGCCAGGCAAGAACUGUCAAUUGGGAUAUGAAACCAGAAUGGCAAUUCGGUCGACUUAUUGUUGGAACUGAAGAUUCUCCUUUCCCAUGCGACAAAUCCUUUACCUUCACAUUUGCUGGUGCCGUUGGAUCUGAAGAUCGACAUGGCUACGGCGCAGCUCCUGACUCUGUUCCUCUCGGAAACAAGACUAUUGCCUCUCUCGGUCGAUUGUCUCUCGUCGGAUGCGAAGUUCCAAAGAACUACUACCGACUUCAGGCUACUUCUCAAAUCGGCGGAAACACCAUCACUAUCGGCACUGAGCCAACUGGAUGGAAGGUUGGUGAUUCAAUCUUCGUCACUGGAACAUCCUGGUCUGAUGUCGAAGCUGAGUAUCUAACAAUCACUGACAUUACUGGCACUGUCAUCACUGUCGCCGAGACAUUUGCCUUCCAACAUCUUGGUACUGCUGAUACCGAUGAAGGUUUUGGAUUCAAACAAGCUGCCGAAGUCGGUCUUUUGACUAAAAACAUCAAGAUCGACGGAACCAACGGUUCAGAAGGCGAGAAAUACGGUGGCCGAGUUCUUGUAACUGGCGCUCCAUUCGGUGAAAUUUAUCGACAGGGACACGCGACUAUUGCAAACGUCGAAUUUGUCGGCAUGGGACAGUAUGCAAUGCCUUCCAUGUGGGAUCCUCGACACGGUUUGGCACUUUACGGAGUCAAUGGCCAGGGACAAGCGCGUGACGAAUCCGUUCACGCUGAAACUGGCAACGAGUAUCAGCCAGCUGGUUACGAAAUCGGCGCAACCUACGUUCGAGGCUGCUCUUUCCACCACAACUAUGGUGUGGCUCUCUCUGCCAAUUACGCUCCAAAUGUCGAGCUCAGCGCCAACAACGUCUUUAUGGCCGUCGACAACGGUAUUGCUGUUGCCAACUCACUCGACGUCACAAUCAAUAAUAACCUCGUUUCAUCUGUUGUUGAGAACUGGUUCUACAAAGAUCAGUAUUUGAACAUGCACAAUUUCGACAUUGACGGAAAAUACAUGCCAGCUGGUAUCGACGCCUGGGAAGCAGUGACAUUCACCAGCUUCAAGAAAAACGCUGUUUAUGGUGUUCAAGGUCCCGCCUACGCAUAUGCUGGUGAGCCUUGCACUGCUGCUGAAACUGGCGCUACUGCAUCAGCUGCUUCAAUUGCUGAAAAUAACUAUGCUCACGGUUCUAUUUAUGGUAUCCGAAAUCUCUUUGCCCCAGUUGAUCUCGUCUGCACCAAGUUUGCUGGCUUCCGAAUGUCUCGAAUCAUGUCUCAUGGUAUUUCUGCCAUCAUGGAAGCUGAGCACAUCGUCGUCGACAAUGUUGACAUUCAAGACGCUGUCGUUGGUGUCCACAUUUUCUCCUACUUGCCCAUGGCCAUCAGCCACGUCGCCUCUGACGACACUGUGACAUUCAAGAACUCGAUCGUCAACGCUGUCACUGCUGGUUUCUCUGACGCUGACAAGGGCAACUGCAAAGAUUGGUCAAGCACUGAUGGUAUUCUGCAGUGGGUGCGAACAGGUGAUAACCACAUGAGCAACAUGGUAUACACUCGUGAAACUUUCGGCGAAAGCUCGGGCAUCAAGGGUAACAAGGGAUUCGUUUUCUCCGUCUUCCAGGGACAGAAACACAAGUUCCCACACAAGGGUCUUAAUAUUCAAACUGAUAAUCUUGCGAUUUAUGGAACCAACUACGUCCACAAUGUCCGAUUCGUCAAUUUCCAGAAAAAUGACGUCUGCGGAAAGAGCCACGUUGCCAUCACCAACUUGUUGCAAGCCCACGAUCAUCAGCAUCAAAUCAUGGCUUCUGACAUCAAAUGGUCUGGAACCACAGCCGAAAGCAAACUCUUCCUUCACUUGCCAAGACUAAAAUGGAUCACACCUAGCGGAUGUGUUGACAUGGACUGUGAUGGACCAAAGAAGGCGAUGAUCACCGAUCUUGACGGUUCUUUCACAGGAACUGGCGAGCGAUCUACAUUGAUGGGUGUUGCCGAGCUUGGCUUUGGCGACAAUGGUCCUCGAGGUCUCGGUUAUUUCCGAAUGCCCGCUCCAAUGUUGACAAAUCUCGAUGGUUCAAAUAUUGCGCCAGAGACUUACGCUCCAAAUCAUGGUGUCUUCCGAGGCUCCGACUGCUCCUUGAAUGCUGAUAAUAACUACUAUCAGUGUGGAAGUGGCGACAGCUACAUGCAAGUUGUCUUCGAAUCAAUGGAUGUUGACACUGAAACUCGGCGACUUGGCCCAAUCACCUACGUCAAUGAGCCAGGAACCCCGAAUGCUCACGUCGAUAUCGUCAACGGUGUUUUGGACGUUUCUUGCUGCGCUGGAUACGUUUGCCAGUUGCGAAUCUCUACUCAUCCUAUGAUCAUGUCCUGUGGAAAGACCUACGAAGUUGGCUCCGCCGGAACUCUUGCCAAGCAUUUCAGACUUCAUUCUAACCGAGAAGAGGCUAGUUGCAAGACUCUUUUGAAGAUCUACACUAUGCGACAGAACCGACAGGAUGUCCUUCUUGAUGGCAACCUUGUCCUCCCCACCAACGGUUUCUUCGAAGCUGACGGAAGUGUUGGAUACAAUGUCGCCACUGCUGAUCACAUUCCAACUAUCGACGAUCCAGUUGGAACCAAUUUCUUUGACCGAUCUUCUCAAAUCCUCUACAUUGUCCAUGGUGGUUCUUCCGUCAUUGACGUCGUUGUUGCAAAAUCACUCAUUGUCGAGUUCCAGUCAACUGCAGUUGAGCUCACCAACGACGAGCUUUACGAUUCACCAAACUUGAUCAACUACCUUGCUGCUCUCCUCGGCAUCGAUCAGAGCCAGAUCAAGGUCGUCGAUGUUGUUCGAGAGGGCGGUCGAAGACGAAGAUCCGAAGACAACCGAGAAUUCACUGGUGCUCGUUACAGACGACAGGCGAGUGGAGUCACCCUUGUUCUGGAAAUCUUGCCCGAACAAGCCGAUCUCACCACUGAUUACAAUGAGCAAUCUUACGAAACAGCAACAGGUGAGAAGAAAAUUGAAGUCAUUGAAGAGAUGGCUUCGACGAUUGUCAAGACUGUCAUCAACAAUGAAGUCGACCCAUCACUCCAACUCCAGCAAUACGUCGCCACUACUGAAAUCGUCGAGCCAAGCAAACCAGCUUGCUUUGACGGCGCUGACGACUUGUCCAACUUCGACGAUCCUCUCUUCGUUGCUGGAGAUACUUGCUCUCUCGCCGCCCAGCUUGAUGUUGAACCAGAUCAGCUGGAAACUGUUAUCGACGUUUCUAAGCUCCAGACUUAUGAGGAAAGCCAGGAAGACGAAAUUCUCGCUCUCGAAGAAGGAGAGUCCGAAACCGCUUACCGACCACCUACUCAGUGGAGCCAGAGACUCUUUGUCGCUUCUGGAACUGUCAAUGAAAUUCUCGCUCCCCCACCAACUUUCGAACUUCUCGAUGCUGUCAACGAAGUCUGCGAGACAAUUCAGUACCUCGCCCAAGUUAGCAUCAAGUCAUCCUCGAACCCAGCUCAGGCUUUCGGAACAGGAUCGGUUACCGUCGUGGAAUCGAAUGAAAACAACCAGUUUGUCUUCGACGAACUUCACUUUGAUGCUGAUGGAGAUGUCGAGCUUGAAUUCAGCCUUAUCGAGCCAUCUUCUUCCGGUCUUGCCAGCUACACCGCUCCAGUUGUUACAAUCGAGGCCAAAUCCGGCCAGAUCUGUCAGAAUGCUUCUUGCACUGAGCAAGCAUGCAACUUCUCUCCAGAAAAGAUCGAGUGCAUUGACACCAACUUUGGAACUUCCACGACCAUCCUCCUUGAAACGCUCCAGAACAUGACUUCAACUGAGCUUGGAGAGAUCAAAUGGCUCGUGAUCAACCAAAACGACGGAAUCAACGAGGACGAUCUUGUCGGAAUCAUGGCUCUUCUCGUCAAUCUCGAGCGACUUUCGCUCAAUUCCAACAACAUGUGGCAAUUGAACGCUGAUACUUUCAACGUCCACACCAAGCUCAAGUCCAUCUCGCUGCACAACAACAACUUCCUCUGCCUCAACGGAGCGCUUGAUACUCUCAUCGACUUGAACAUCCUCCAGCGACUCCGACUCACUGGCAACACAGAAAUCAUGAACAACCAUGCCGGCGAGUACAGAUACAGAGGAAACGCAGAGCUUCAAGAGUUCAGAGCUAUUGCUAGCAACCUUGAAUGUGUCUAA